CCACGCACUUGCACACGUCCAACUCAGCACGUCGGAAAUCAACAUGGCAGACGAAACCUCUUCGGUACCGGUAAUCGCAGUGACAGCGGCCGUAGGCGCCGUGGUUCUCUUGUUGAUUCUCUUAUGCGGCAUCGGAAGGAAGGAACAGAAGAAAGAAGAACAAGAACAAUCUGAAGAACCAAAGAAGACUGAAAAGACCAAUGACAAAGGUUCAAGGAAGGCAAAAGUCAGCUUAAAGGGAAAGAAAGCAGCUCACCCGGCCUUUACCCAUCAGUGGCUAGCAGGAACCUUGAAAGGACAUGGGAGUCCAAUACUUGCCUUCGACUUCAGCCCCAAUGGAAAAUACAUCUUGACAUGUGCCGAAGAUAGAUCUCUCAUGAUGUGGAGCGUGAAGGAAUUUCUACAGAAAGAACAUAAAUUCAUCAGAGGAAGUGUAGAACUAGAUCAUGCCACUCAACUUGCCUUCAGCCCAGACUCGAGGGCAGUUGUCGCGGUCUGGGCAAUGCUAAUCAUCCGAAUCUUCCGCCUGGGGAAGAAGGAGGAUGGCUCUAGUGUCACCAUACAGGGUGCCAUGGACUUCCCCCAGCACCACAAUGUCGAGAUCAUCAGCAUCGGCAUUGCUUCAAAUGGGAAGUUCAUUAUGACUUGUCACAGGGACACAACUAUAAUAAUAUACAACCUCAAAGGAGAAGUAUUGUCUAGGAUAGACACACACCAGAUGUCAAACUCAUUUGGUGCUGUUUCACCUUGUGGAAGGUUUGUGGGAUCGUCAGGUUUCACACCUGAUGUCAAAGUAUGGGAGGUGCUAUUUGACAAAUCUGGAGGUUUUAAAGAAGUCAAAAGAGCUUACGAGUUGAAAGGUCAUGGUGCAGGUGUCCAUAGCUUUUCAUUCUCAAACGAUUCUAGUCGGAUGGCUUCAGUGUCUAAAGAUGGCACUUGGAAGUUUUGGGAUACUGAUGUGCGAUACGAGUUUGAUCAGGAUCCCAAGCUGUUAUACACCGGCAAGCUGAGCCACCCUAGUCUCCAUCUGAUAACACUGUCACCUGAUGCUCGAUCGGUCGCACUUGCUGGUGACCAGUCAAUCUCUAUAUGCAGCACUGUCUCAGGAAAAGAAGAAGAAUUUUUUGAAAAUGUACAUGCAGAUACAAUAUCACAGAUAGGGUUUGAUGUGAGCAGCAAAUACUUGCUCUCCGCUGGAGACAAACAUGCUCAGGUGUUCCAUAAUGUGACUGGGUACCGGGCCACCAUUGCUGACCUGGAGCAGAAGGAGAAGAAGGCCAACACAGUAGCCAUGAUGGAAAGAAUAAGAAACCAGAUAAAAGAUGCAAGAUCCUCUCUCUCCGUGAUUUUGGGUACAACCAAUGGGCAUGCAGAAAGCAAGUGAAUAGUCAGCCAAUCAGCAUCCCUGUUGUUGUUGCUCAAGGAAUUAGCAAUGAAAGGCAGCAUCUCACUGCAAAAUAUUUCAUAAUCAUUUUCCCUUAUGUUUACAUGUGUAAUCUUGUGCUGAACUUGAACUUUCGGAAGAAGAAUACGAGAAUGAAACUUUGAUAUUCAUGCUUGGGUAAAUGUCUACAGAGGUACCCUACCAAUGAUGCAGUCAAGGUUUUCUGUCACUCAAGAUGUUGAAAUGCAAUUAUGUAAUUUGUUUUGUCAAGGAAAUACUGAAAAGUGAUGAAUAGAAAAAAGAUUAUUCAUAUCUGAUGAACAGACAUUCUAUACUGGAUAUAUCCUGUAUCAGCUUUGCAGCAGAAUCUGUUCGAAGAGGUAAUCAGUGUUGAGCGGACUGUGAACAUGAGCCAGUUUCAUUAUGCUUUGACGAACAUCAAGCGUCUGAAAUGGAAAUAUUCUUAAAAAUGGUCACAUUGCCUUUCAAUAGCUAACUGAAAUGAG